AUGUUUCGUCAAGUUAAAAAAAACUAUGGUAGCAUUAUAAGGAAUGAAUUCUUUACAAAAAAACGAUCAAUUAAAUCAAUUAAAAUAAUAAAAUCAUUUCGUUUUUAUUCUACAACAAAUUCAUCUUUACAAUCUAAUAAUAAUCAAAAUAUUGCAAAUAAUAUUAAUGACAAUCCAAAUCCCAAUUCUGAUUUAUACGAGGCUUUCGAACCAUUAACUGAUAAUAUCGAUUUAUCAUCAUCAUCUACUGUUGCAGGAGAUAAUAUAUCAGUAUUAACUGAAACAGCUAUGAAAAUUGGCGACCUGAAAGCAUUGGGAUUGGUGAACUCUACACCAGUAGGAUUUAUUGAAGGAUUACUAGAAACAUUACAUGUUACAUCAGGUUUAUCAUGGUUUUCAACAAUAGUAGCAGCAACAUUUUUAUUACGUAUGGCAUUUUUACCUUUUUUAAUCAGUUCACAACGUCAUGUUGCAAAAUUUCAGAAAAUUCAACCGGAAUUCAACGCACUGAAUGACCAAUUAAAAAUUGCUAAAGAAUCAAAUAAUCCAGCAAGGUCAUUAGAAUUAAAGAUGGAAAUUAUUGAUUUGUAUAAAAAACAUAAUGUUAGCCCAUUUAAAGGCCUACUAACUGCACUUGUUCAAGCACCAACGCUACUUUGUUUUUUUUUGGCUUUAAGAAAUAUUUCCAAAGCUGAUGUACCAGAUCUUAAAAUUGGCGGUAUCUUAUGGUUUCAAGAUUUAUCUUCACCUGAUCCUUACUACGUUUUACCUGUCCUUGCUACUGCAAGUUUCUUUAUUGGAUUGAGGACAGCACCUGCUAGUUCUCCAAAUUUAAAAUAUGCCAAUUUUUUCCGUGCAUUGACUUUAGUUUCACUUCCAAUUGGAAUUACAUUACCUUCAGCAAUAAUAGUACAUCUUAUCAGCUCAACAGUAAUUGGUACAUUACAAACAAUAAUAUUAAACAAUGAAGAUUUUCGACGUAGUGUUGAUUUACCAGUACUUGAAAAACAACCAAAAGAUCUCUUUGAUGCUAAAAGCAUUGCCACUUAUAAUCCACAGAAAAAAAAUCUAAAGGGUCGGAAAGUUUAUCCUAAUAAUAACAGUGAUUCAAAGUUGGAAAAAUAA